CCGAGAGAUAUCCUAAGAUGGUCCUACUCCGUAGCAGUCUUGAUUGAAGAACAUACUUCUGAUCGCACUCUACCGUACACCAGGGCACAACUCCAUUGACAUAAAGCCCCCGUCACCGUUGGAGGAGCGAUGGCGCGGAUCGUGGCGGUAUUCGCUUUUGUCUCCAAGUGCGGUGCGCUUUCGUUCGAGCGCCACGACCCUGUUGACUAUGUUGACGCCGAAGACGUCAGGCAGUUCAGCGAGUCCAGCCGGUCGAUGCCGAUGAAGGUCGAUGGCGAGGAGUCCAUCUUGACCGUCGGGGGAAAGUUCGGCAAGGAUGCGGUCCUCGCCGAGCAGGAGGCGUGGCGAGCCAGGCGGGCGGCCGAGAAGGCCAUAGAGGAGGACGAGUACAAGUCAAUCUCGGAGCGCCAGAUGGACGCCCUCACUCGCCACGCUGAGUCGGCGGCUCAGAAGGAGGAGAGGGAGCAGAAGCUGCUCGAGAAGGUGGCCGACUCCAUGGAGCAGGAGGCCGACACGGAGAGCAAGGCCGUGGAGGAUGUCGAGAGGCAGGCUGAGAAGCUGGAGGGCAAGCAGGCGAGCCUCGAGAUCUGGGCGUUUCAACUUUUUACCACCCAGCGUUUUCACCCAGCUGCGGGCCGCAGAGCCAUCACAGCUCGCUCGAGCUCUAAAAAUGCAGCAGCAAGAUGCGGUCUAGGGCUGCGGCCGUGACUUUUCGUGAUGUUUUUUCCCCAAACAUCCUGCGGUGUUCUAUCCCCGUUUUGAAGAGACAGCGCCCCGCGUUUCUCUUUCCUCCUUCCCCUCCUCGUCCCAUCCCUGCCUCCGCCCUCCGCAUGCUAACCGCUCCGGUACACCAGUACAGCGUUUCGUAAGCGGCACCCACAACGCGGUAAACACAACUGCUUAUGUUUGGGUCUUUCGCCCCGAUUUUUUUUGCGACGUCGUUUCGGAGGGGAGUUGGGAUGCAGGUUUUGGGGACUUCCCCGGGGCCCACCUCAUGCAUCUAGUUCGACUCAGGCUCGAUUCUGGGUCGACUCUAGUUCGACUCCAGCUAGACUCGAGUUCGACUCUUGCUCGGCUCAAGUCGACGGAGGUUCGACGCAGCGUCGACGCAUGAGUGGAGCGAGUGGUUCCAUGACGGCCCCCAGAACGAGCAUCCAGCAGGUGAGGUGGCAGAGGGGCAAGGAGGUCGAGGAGCUGCGCGGCGCGGACGGGCAGUGGAUCGAGGACCCGGCCUUCAAGAACGAGGAGUUGCGUGAGCGCAGCCAGGAUGCGGACUUCGCCCGCGAGGAGAGCCAGGAGGCCAAGGCGCUGGUUCUGGCGCGCAAGCAGCUGGACAGCGCCAGGGCGAGCGAGAGGAUGGAGCUGCACCGCCGCGCGGCGCUGGAGCAGGAGGCCCGCGCCCGGCUGGCGCAGGAGGCCGACGCCAUGCGCCGGGAGGCGGCCCGGAACGGCACCCUGUCCGAGGAGAGCGUGCGGCGGGCCCUGGACGUCUCCAAGAAGGAGCUCGGCAGGGUCAUCGGCACCUUCGCCCACUGGAGCAGCGACGGCGUGAGUGGUCUGUGGAUCGAGGGCCGCCUGGAGGAGUCGCGCGUGAAGGCCGCCAUCUCCUCGGCCAAGAUGCUGGAGGCGAUCAAGCACAAGGUGGCCACCUUCAAGGCACAGAGCGAGGGCUACGACGACCACCAGUUCCUGGCGCGGCUGGCCCAGCUCCUCAACGAGACCAGGGCAGAGGUCACGGGCGUCGAGAACUUCGACGACGUGCUCAUGGGCAAGCUUCGGCACUGGGACGAGGGAAACAACGAAACGCUCACCUACACCCUUGCCGUGGCCCUCCAGGGAGUGACGCGCAGCGUCGAGUUUAAGAACCACCUCCAGCGGAUGGACACAGCGCGCCUAGGCCACGCGAAGGCGACCGAAGCGUGCGGCUUGCUCGGCAAGAUCGUCCAGGCCAACCUGCAGCCGGCGUACAAAGGCAUCGAGUCCCAGAGGGAGGCGCUCGACGUCCUCAGCAAGAUUGCGCCGAGCAUCACCGAGACCAUGCCAGACUACAUCCAGACCACGAUGAUGAACCGCACUGGCACUGUCCUGAACAUGGCCUACGUGGAGCACUUGGCGCUCAAGGAGGCCGCGACCGCCAUCAUGCAGGACGCUUCGCCGCUCGUCAUGGACCGCCUCAAGUGCACUAUGAGCGGCUCGGUCGGCCAGCGGCCAGCGCUCGGCCUCGCCCUUGCCGCUGCGGCGGCGGCCUGGCUGGCGCAGUGAGCACCGCUUCUCGUCAGGGGUGGACGGGAUCAGAGGGGGGUGCAUCGACCCCCACAUGCCCACUGAUCGCCGAAAGGGGCCCGAUAGCCCACUUCUCCCAAGACAGCGGAUUCGCUAUCAUGGAUCUGUCGCCGAGCGAUGUGUCGUCAUUUUCUGUGUCGAUGUUUCCCUCCGUGAGCUGGUUUCGCGUGAGUAGAAGACUUUUUCACGCUGCAGCCAGUCCCGACUUCUUUCCUUUUGUGAAGCGUUUCUCUCUCUUUGGCUGGGGCUGCGGGAGCACACUGUCGCCUCGACACGUGCAUGCACGGCCGUGCACUGUCUGUCCCAAUUAUACAUGUCAGUUGACCGCGUCAGUUGACCGCUCUCUCCCCUCCCCCCUCACUCCUCGUGCCUAUGUGCUCCUCGAUAUCGCUCCUGACUGAAUCUGAGGUCACUCAGCUGAUCGCUCGGUAUGUCAUGCGGAA